AUGAUUGUCAUCCGGCCCCGACCCGACGACGAGGCUAGGUCGCCGAUGCCACAACUCCUAGCCCCCGGCGGGUAUGCUGUGCCUCGAGAACCUAUCCGGGUCGUGCUGGCACGCGAUGAAGAGGAGCAAGGAGAGAUCAGCGAGGCGGUAUUGGCCAAGCCGCCUGCAUAUGGCCUGUGGCGAGAGAGCGUGAGAGUUGACCCAAAUCGUAUGUACUGGCAGCGUAAUCCGAAUGUCGGACCGAACGUUGGACCGUUCAAUUCCGGAGAGAGUCAUAGUGGGCCUCGUCCGCCCUCGUAUGCCUCGGAAGACGGGGUGAGCUACGUCGUUGACGCCAGACCCCGGUCGAUGGCGCCGGUUCUGACGGAGAUCCCAAUGCCUCCGCACCCUUCCGAGAUCGGGCGGAUGGGUGAACGCCGGGCUCCGGUAUGA